AGAGGUAGUGGACUGAACGCCGCCUCAGAAGAACGACAAAUCGACGUUCUGAUAUAUAACAUGGGAGACAGAGCAGAGGAAAUUUAUUCAUCAUUUUCUCCACCGCCCUCUAAUUAUGAGGAGGCGAUAAAACGAUUCGAAGAUUAUUUCUUGCCUCGAAGGAACAUUAUUUAUGAGAGGGCUAAGUUUUUAAAACAGACGCAAGGAAGUGAUUCAGCCGAAAAGUUUAUCACCAAUUUGCAUAGCCUCGCGAAAACCUGUGAAUGGGGAACGCUAAACGACGACAUGAUUCUGCUUGUUCUCAUCAUUGGAAUGAAUGAUACUAACAUAAGUGACAAAUUACAACUUGACCCAGCAUUGACCCUAGAGAAAGCCAUUACUUGCUUAAGACAACACGAAGAACUCAUACGUCAAAAACAAGCUCUCCAGGAACCCACUAUAUCCGCAAUAAACAAAAAUCUGUCAAACAAGAUGUAUCCAAAAGGCCAAAAUAAUUCAACAUCCAAGAAAAAGUUGGAAAACCAGCGAAAAUGUAUUAGAUGUGGGUAUGACUGGCAUGACAGGCUGACCAAUUGCCCGGCAAUAAACGCAGAGUGUAACGCCUGCAAACUGAUUGGUCACUUCAGCAAAAUGUGUAAGAAAAGAAAAAACCCGGCAAAUAAACACGUGUGCACGGUACAGCAAGAAAUAGAUUCGGAAGGCGAAGAUGACGUUUUUAUUAGUGAAGUUAGAACCAAUAACAAUCAAACUACAUGGACACAGAUAUUACAUGUGGAAUGUAAUGGGUUGCCCCUCAAGCCUAUCAUGUUCAAACUGGACACAGCAGCUGAUGUCACUAUGAUACCUGCUCGUUUGGUGAGAGACAUAAUGUCAGAAUUGCCUAUCAAACCGCCAAGAAGCCAGGUAUUUAGUGCUAAAAACAAAGAACAAUUUAAAGUAUUGGGUACUCUGACAUUAAAGCUAAGAUAUAAAAACAGUAAAAUAACCGAGAAUGCAUAUAUAUCCGAAGAAAUUGAUGUGCCACUACUGAGCAGAGGAGGUUGCCAAGGGCUGAACCUUGUAAAACGAAUUUAUGCCAUAAACACGGACACAGACUGGUUUCAGGAGUACACUUCUCUUUUCAAAGGCUUAGGCAACUUGGGAGGGGAAUACAAAAUUGAAAUAAAAAAUAACGCUGAACCGUACGCCAUAUCAGCACCAAGAGCCAUCCCUAUUUCACUAAAAAACCAAGUAAAGGAUGCUCUAGAUGACAUGCUAAACAAAGGAGUUAUUGUCCCGGUAGAUCACUCCACAGAUUGGUGCGCACCAAUGGUAGUAACCAUUAAGAAGAAUGGAGGGGUACGCAUAUGUGUUGACCUCUCCCAUCUAAACAAAAACGUAAGACGCCAGUUCCAUCCAAUGCCACGAAUAGAGCUGCAGUUGGCAGAACUUAGUGGAGCAAAAUACUUUAGCAAGCUUGACGCCAACCAUGGAUUCUGGCAACUCAAUCUGGCCAGAGACUCCCAAGAUUAUACAACAUUUAUAACACCGUUUGGGAGAUUUAAAUUUCAGAAACUCCCAUUUGGAAUUACAUCAGCUCCAGAGGAAUUCCAAAAAAGAAUGACAAGAGCCCUUGAAGGGGCAAAGAAUUGCCUAAUUCAUAUCGACGACGUGUUAGUCUGGGGAAAUACAAAAGAAGAACAUGACAAAUAUCUGAGGAGGGUCCUAGAAAAAAUCAAGAAAGCUGGGAUAACUCUAAAUAAAGGGAAAACGGAGUUUUGUAAACAAAAGGUUGAAUUUCUAGGAUUUGUGCUUUCGCAAGAAGGCGUAGCACCUGAUCCAAACAAAGUGAAAGCAAUUACAGAAAUGGAACCACCCAAGGAUAUAAAGGAAGUCCAACGCUUCAUGGGGAUGGUAACCUUUUUAGCAAAGUUCAUCCCUAAACGUAGCGAGAUCAUGGCACCAAUCACGAGUUUGGUAAGCUUAAACAAUGCGUUUGUAUGGGGGCCAUCUCAACAAAUUGCUUUUGAGAGAAUCAAGGAUUUACUCACAUCUUCAUCUUGUCUAACAAUAUUCGAUCCAAACAAACCAACAAUCGUGUCUUGUGACUCAUCAACCAAAGGACUGGGCGCCGUAUUACUCCAAGAAGAAGCCGGAGUCAAAAAACCUGUGGCUUAUAUUUCAAGGACCUUGUCCACUGCUGAAAAAAAUUAUGCAAAUAUUGAGCGAGAGGCAUUAGCAUUGACCUGGGCUAGCGACCGACUGAAAAACUUUUUGUUAGGAAAACAAUACACCAUUGAAACCGACCAUAAGCCGCUCCUGCAAAUCUUUAAGACAAGGAACCUCGAUGAUCUCUCACCAAGGUUACAAAGAUUCAGGAUGCGUAUGAUGCGUUAUGACUAUAAUAUCACUUAUACUCCCGGAAAAAAUCUUUUCGUUGCGGAUGCUUUGUCUCGUAAACCAAUUCCAUCUGAGGACGACAAUGAACUGGAAGAGGAAGUCGAUGCAUACAUUCACUCAGUUGUGCUUGCAGGCAUCCCCACUACGGACGAGAAUAUUACAAGAGUUGCCAACUCACAGAGUUUGGAUCCAACAUGCAAGCUACUUAUCCAAUACAUCAAAGAGGAAUGGCCCCCUAUCUCAGAACUAGCCCCAGAAAUAAAACCAUUUUUCACAGUACGCAAUGAAAUGUCAGUAGUAGACGGAAUUUUACUCAGAGGAAGCCGCAUGAUAAUUCCAAACGAGCUCCGUCACAUCAUGUUGGAGAAGCUGCAUGCUGGCCAUCAAGGUAUCACCAAAACACGACGACGAGCACAAAGUAGUAUGUGGUGGCCAGGAAUUGCCUCAGACAUUGAAACAAAAAUAAAAUCCUGCCCUAUCUGCAUACAACACUCAACAAACCACAAUGAACCUUUGCUGCCUUCAAAGUUUCCCGACUACCCUUGGCAAGUUGCUUCAUUGGAUCUCUUCAAACUUGACGACAAAUGGUACCUGGUAAUAACUGACCAUUACUCAAGAUUCUUUGAAGUCUACCAAGUAGGGAAAAUGAGAGCGCCAGACAUAAUUAAAAUCUGCAAAACUACGUUUGCAAGAUAUGGAAUCCCACAACUUGUCUGCUCAGACAGCGGGACACAAUUCCACGGAAUUCAGACAUCUGAAUUUCAGAUCUUUGCCAAAGACUGGGGAUUUUCCACAUCCUCAAGCAGCCCGCAAUUCCAUCAAGCGAAUGGUGCCGCAGAGGCCGCUGUUAAGAUCGCAAAAACUCUAUUAAAAAAAAACAAGGAUAAUCUGGCUUUAGCCCUACUAACAUACCGCAAUACCCCAUUAGGGAAUGGAUUUAGUCCAGCGGAAAUGCUGUAUGGCAGAAAAUUGAGGGACAACCUCCCAUCCAUUCAGCAUGUGGGAGUUAAACCUCCGGUAAAUUUGGCCAAAGCUGAAGAAAGAUACAGAAGGCAAUACAAAAUACAUUACGACAAAAGACAUGGAGCAAAGGACCUGAGCCAGCUACAGUGUGGUGAGUUUGUUUGGAUCACAGAUUUGAAACGCCAUGGAAAGAUCGUCAAAGUAAUGAAUCAACGAUCCUAUCUAGUGCAGACAUCAAUGAGUAUAGUAAGAAGGAAUCGCUUCAAUCUAAUUCCUGCGCCAUAUCUCAACCAAACCCCAGAACAACUCACACCGCCUGAGGAAAAUCAACAAGAGGGAGUUAAAGCCAAAACAUCUGCACCAGACCCUUCAACUGAAAGCAGCCCACUAUUACCUGAUCCUGAUCAUCCAGUUCAAAACGAUACACCGGCCAAACAAUCGACACCUACACGGUCCAGACUAUCGGGGCAAAUGGAGGACAACGGGAGAUUCGGAGGUCAGAUGACUACACGCUCUGGGAGAACCAUAACCAAACCCCUCAGAUACCAAUAGGAUUGAAAGUACAAAGAUGCUUCAACGUUAAAGCAUCUUGAGGGAGGAUGUUGUAUAUGGCAAGGUGGCACCCGUGGGGGGAGGUUAUAGUGG